AUGGUUAUUUCAAGAACAAGUGCUCAAGAUUGUCCAGCUGACAAAGAUAAGUCAUGGUCUUAUAAUCCUAACUUUUCAAAUGGACCUUCCCAUUGGAGUGAACUGUACCCUAAUUGCAAAGGCAAGAGCCAAUCACCAAUCAAUAUAGUUAUAGAGCAUGUUUCAAACCAAAAAGGUCAUCAGAUAUUGAAGCUUAAUGGCUACAACAUACAUCUCUACGGGAGUAGGAUUGAAAAUAAUGGACAUACAAUCGUGCUUACGCCAAUAGAUGGUAUAAAACGAUCACUAGAUCUUGACAAUGUUAAGUAUAAUUUGGAAAGCUUACACUUCCAUUGGGGUAACCUUACAACUGAAGGCUCGGAGCAUAAAUUCGACAACUGGAGCACCGUUAUGGAGGGUCACUUCGUACACAGAAAUGAUAAAGGUGAAAUUGCAGUCGUUGGAGUUAGAUUUAGAGUCGUGCACAAACAAAAUCUUAGAGCAUUGGAUAGAAUUUUAUCUGUAAGGGAUCAGUAUCUGUAUAAAGAUGAAGAAUAUGAAGGAUACAUAGAUCAAUUAUCUCUGAAUGACUUUGUUCGUAAUGGGUCUAAAGUUUAUCGCUACAAUGGAUCCUUGACUACGCCACCCUGCACGGAGAAUGUCACAUGGUUGAUGACCACUCCGAGUAAAUAUAUUGGAAAAUCACAAAUGGAAGGGUUUUUUUCAUUGUAUUCCGUAAAAAGGUUUACUAAGGAUAUAGAGAAAUGCCAUCUUAUCAACAACUUUCGUCCGAUUCAACCAUUAAAUGGACGGAAAGUUUUUUCAUAAUUCAUUAACAGUAAAAAAAUUAAUUAUUAUAUGAUUUACAAUUUGUAAUCUAUUAAAAACGAGUGCAUUAUGUAACUGAAAAGAUAAAAUUCAUUUUGAAAUCCUU